CUGCAACAAUUCAUCAAUCUAAAGCUAUGGAAAACACAAAGGACUCUAAUGGUAUAGUUUGGGAGAGUUCAAUUAUGGUUAAACAGGAAUUGAGUGACGAAAUCAUAACAUUUAUGGACAUGAAAUCAGAUGAAACAUCAACUAUUUCAAGUUCAGAAGGAGUACAAACAAAUAUAUCAACACUCUUUUCAAAUUCUGAGGAUAUAAAGCAAAAUGUAUCAACACAAUUUUUAACUGUUAAAGACAAAUACUUGGAGGAAACAAUGCCAUUUUUAGCUUUAGAAGAUAAAAACCUUGAUAAAACAAAGCCUUUGUUUAAUUUAGAAGAGCUGAAGCAAUAUAAACCAACAUUAUUUUCAUCUUCUGAAGACAUGAAACCAAAUAUAUCAACAGCAUUUUCAAUUUUUGAAGAUAUAAAACCUGAGAUAUUAACAAUUUCAUCUUUGGAGAGUGAACAACAAAAUGGUUUCAAAGCACAGCAACAACUUUCUUCCCCACCAGAUUUAACUGAUUUUAAAGAAAAUUUUGCAGUUUUAAAAUCAGAUCUUCAAAAUGAAGUAAAAGAACUCAAGUUAUUGCAUACAAAAUUGAUUGAUAAUCUCCCAACAGAAUAUCUGAUUAGCAAUAAGGGACUGAAGACAUACAAGUGUGAUAUGUGUUGUCAAAGAUUUUUCCAUUUUGAUCAUGUUAAACAACACAUAAACAUUCACAUAAGGGGGAAUCCAUAUGGUCAUAAUUUUCAUCAGCAAGAAGUUGUUAUGAUUAGUCAGGGUGAACAGAUUAACAAAAUAAACCUAGAACAGGUAUACAAUAAGUCUAGUUUGUCUAAAAAGUUCACUACAAAGUCUAGUUUAUCCACACACACAAAUAUUCAUUCUGGAAUUAAUAAGCCAUAUGAAUGCUAUGUGUGUCAUAAAAAAUAUCAUAUUAAAAAUAACUUAGUAAACCAUAUAAAGAUUCAUUCAGGAGAAAAACCAUUUGAAUGUGAUGUGUGUAAUAAAAAAUUUAAUCAUAAAGGUCAUUUAUCUACACACAAAAAAAUUCAUUUACCGGAGAGACCAUAUGGAUGUGAUGUGUGCCAGAAAAAAUUUAGUCAAAAGGGUCAUUUAUCAGAACAUACAAAUAUUCAUUUACCAGAGAGACCAUAUAAAUGUGAUGUGUGUCACAAAAAAUUUAAUCAUAAAAGUGCUUUGUCAAAACAUAAAAGUAUUCAUUUAUCAGAGAGACCACAUAAAUGUGAUGUUUGUCCUAAAAGUUUUGCCCUUAAAUAUAAUUUAUCUAGACAUAAAAAUAUCCAUUUACCAGAGAGACCAUAUGAAUGUGAUGUGUGUCACAAAAAAUUUGGGCAUAAACAUAAUUUAUCAGAACAUAAAAAUAUUCAUUUACUAGAGAGACCAUAUAAAUGUGAUGUGUGUCAUAGAGAAUUUAAUCAUAAAGGUCACUUAUCUACACAUAAAAAGAUUCAUUCUGGAGAAAGACUCUAUGAAUGUGAUGUGUGUCAUAAAAAAUUUAAUCAUAAAGGUCAAUUAUCUACACAUAAAGACAUUCAUUUACCAGAGAGACCAUAUGAAUGUGAUGUGUGUCAUAAAAAAUUUAAUCGUAAAGGUAAUUUAACAGAACAUAAAAAUUUUCAUUUACCAGAGAGACCAUAUGAAUGUGAUGUGUGUCACAAAAAAUUUAAUCAUAAAGGUCAUUUAUCUACACAUAAAAAGAUUCAUUUACCAGAGACCACAGGAAUGUGACAUUCGUCAUAAAAAGUUUGCUCGGAAGUCUAGUUUAUCUACAUACACACACAAAAUUUCACUCUCUUUCACAAGGAUCUUUAAUUAUCUGUAUAUAAAAUCACUGCUUUUGUACUAAUACCACAUUAUGGAUGCAGAAAACACACCAUUAAUGUUUGUCAUACAGGAUAUAAUACUCUUCAUAGUAUUAUUUGUCAUACAAAGUAUUACAAAUAUGUUAUCUAGACAUUUCAUUUUGAAGAUAAGUAAAAUGAAUGUAUUAUUUGUUACUAAUGUUUUUAAAUUGUGUGCAUCUAUGUUGUAAACAUGAAAUUUAAACAAAGUUAAAAAGUUAUUAAAAAUUAUUUAACAUGAUAACACUUCAUGGAAAGAAUGGAUGUCAUGAAUCACCAUAGCACAUUUAUUAUAUUGUACUAGGUGUUUUUGGCUAGCUUUGUUCAGGUUUUUUGGGAAAAAAGCUGCCUAAAUUCUUACCCUUUACAUUACCCAUACAAUAAUGCUAACCACUAAUAAACACCAACAUUUUAAAUGUACAAUUAUAAUUUGAAUCAUUAAAGUAAUAUUUACUCUAAUUUUUUCUAUAUUGAAUAUUCCAUUUUAUGUAAUUCUAAACUUUGUAUAAAUAAUUUAAUAAUCCAUUAAGUUAAUCAUAAUUAGCUGAAAAUGAUUAAAUUUUUAAGACAGAAGAUACAAUUUAUUAUUAUGAUUAUUAGCCUUUGUGAA